GUUAUAAUACGACUGGUUUCCCUUGAUACUCGCAGUUUUCCUGCGUUCGUGCCUUACUUUUGAUUCAACCAGUAUACUUAAUCGAAACAAUCACACCCAUACACACACACAAAAAUGUUUUCUGCACAAGGGGUGAUUCUGUUGUGUUUUAUAUCGAACGUUGUCUACACUGAGAAAACAACAUCUCCAAAUAUUGUUAUAAUUUUAGCAGAUGACGUGGGAUGGAACGAUUUCGGUUUACACGGCUCCAGUCAAAUCCCCACCCCAAAUAUCGACGCACUAGGAUACAACGGCGUCAUAUUGGAUAAAUUUUACACCCAACAAACUUGCACCCCUUCCAGAGCCGCCCUUUUAACGGGAAACUAUCCCAUGAGAUUGGGUUUACAAGGCAUCCCCCUAAACGCUGGAGAAAAUCGUCACCUACCGCUCCAAACCCCGACUCUACCGGAAAAACUAAAAGAAUUAGGUUACAUCAACCAUUUAGUGGGUAAAUGGCAUUUGGGGGCGGCUUGCAGCGAAUACACCCCCACCAAAAGAGGCUUCGACACCCAUUUCGGCUACUGGAACGGUUACGUCGGUUAUUUUAACUACGAAAUCAGCGUUCCGGAUCCACUAGAUUCGAAACGAAAUUUCACCGGUUUCGAUCUCCACGACAACUUCGCCCCCCAAUGGGAACUGAAAGGACAAUACGCCACGGAUUUAUUCACGAAAAAAUCCUUGGAAAUCAUAAAAAAUCACCGAGUCGAAAAACCUUUAUUCCUAAUGUUGGCACACCUCGCCGGCCACACCGGAUACGACGGUAUCGAAUUAGGCGUGCCGGACGCGGUUACCGCCAACCGGAAAUACCAUUACAUAAAAUCGAUCGAGAGAAGAUCCUACGCAGAUCUGGUCAACAUAAUGGAUAGUUCCGUGGGGGAGAUAGUGGGAGCCCUAUCGGAAAAAAAAAUGUUACAAAAUACGGUGAUAUUAUUUUUUUCCGAUAACGGCGCCCAAACCGAAGGACUCUAUCAAAAUUUCGGUUCCUCUUGGCCGUUUAGGGGCUUGAAAUUCACUUUAUUCGAAGGCGGCGUACGGGGGACGGGCGUAUUGUACAGCCCUUUACUAAAAAAGAAGAAUUACGUCAAUAGACGUUUGAUUCACGUCACCGAUUUCCUGCCGACUUUUUAUCGCGUAGCCGGCGGGGAUGUCGAUAAAUUAGGCAACAUCGACGGUAUCGACCAAUGGGAUACCAUUUCCGGUAACGCCCCCACCAACAGAACCGAAUUACUCAUCAAUAUAGACGAAACGUCUGGAUAUUCGGGCGUUAUAGGAUACGGAGGGCGUUACAAACUUUUGAACGGUUCUUUUUCGAAUGGUUUGUAUAACGGUUAUUACGGAGACAGUGGACGUAAUUUAGAAGACCCCUCGUAUAACUACAGCAGCGUCAUCAACAGUCCUACCAAUUUAGCGAUCGAAAAAUUAACGAAUCGAUCGUUAAAUCGAUCGAUAAUCGAUGAAGUACGUCGAAAAAUUGAUUUGGGAUCUUGUAGAUCGAUUAAUCGAUUAUAUUUAUGUGACGAUUUGUGUUUAUUCGAUUUGUAUAUCGAUCCGUGCGAAACGACGAAUUUAAUCAAUGAUGGGAAUUUACGGGGUGUCGUUGGAAAGUUGUACGGUAAAUUGUCGGUUUAUAUGAAUGAUGUUGUACCGGACGUUUCGCACCGGAUCGAUCCCGAUUCGGAUCCGAAACGUUUUAAUGGUACUUGGAGUUGUUGGUCGAAAUGCGGACGAGAUUUUCAUUAGUUCGAUUUCGUAUGGAAAUCUUGAAUCGUAUUUAUAAUCGUUUUUUUACGAUCACAUGAAAUUUUUAUACUUCAUCCUGUAUUAUAUCUAAAAAAAGGCGUUUUUCGCCACGAUUGUACUAAAAUUUCGACUGUACCUCGUAUUAUAUUGACAAUUUGAUAAAAAAAACGUUUUCCUCUACGAUUGUACUAAAAUUUCGACUGUACCUCGUAUUAUACUGACAAUUUGAUAAAAAAAAAACGUUUUCCUCUACGAUUUGAAUAAAAUUUCAACUGUACCUCGUAUUAUACUGACAAUUUGAUAAAAAAAAACCGUUUUUCGCCACGAUUGUACUAAAAUUUCGACUAUACCUCGUAUUAUAUUGACAAUUUGAUAAAAAAACGUUUUCCUCUACGAUUGUACUAAAAUUUCGACUGUACCUCGUAUUAUAUUGACAAUUUGAUAAAAAAACGUUUUCCUCUACGAUUGUACUAAAAUUUCGACUGUACCUCGUAUUAUAUUGACAAUUUGAUAAAAAAAAAUGUUUUCCUCUACGAUUGUACUAAGAUUUCGACUGUACCUCGUAUUAUAUUGACAAUUUGAUAAAAAAACGUUUUCCUCUACGAUUGUACUAAGAUUUCGACUGUACCUCGUAUUACAUUGACAAUUUGAUAAAAAAACGUUUUCCUCUACGAUUGUACUAAAAUUUCGACUGUACCUCGUAUUAUACUGACAAUUUGAUAAAAAAAAAACGUUUUCCUCUACGAUUUGAAUAAAAUUUCGACUGUACCUCGUAUUAUACUGACAAUUUGAUAAAAAAAACCGUUUUCCGCUACGAUUGUACUAAAAUUUCAACUAUACCUCGUAUUAUAUUGACAAUUUGAUAAAAAAAAAUGUUUUCCUCUACGAUUGUACUAAGAUUUCGACUGUACCUCGUAUUAUAUUGACAAUUUGAUAAAAAAACGUUUUCCUCUACGAUUGUACUAAGAUUUCGACUGUACCUCGUAUUACAUUGACAAUUUGAUAAAAAAACGUUUUCCUCUACGAUUGUACUAAAAUUUCGACUGUACCUCGUAUUAUACUGACAAUUUGAUAAAAAACGUUUUCCUCUACGAUUGUACUAAGAUUUCGACUGUACCUCGUAUUAUAUUGACAAUUUGAUAAAAAAAACGUUUUCCUCUACGAUUGUACUAAGAUUUCGACUGUACCUCGUAUUACAUUGACAAUUUGAUAAAAAAACGUUUUCCUCUACGAUUGUACUAAAAUUUCGACUGUACCUCGUAUUAUACUGACAAUUUGAUAAAAAAAAACGUUUUCCUCUACGAUUUGAAUAAAAUUUCGACUGUACCUCGUAUUAUACUGACAAUUUGAUAAAAAAAACCGUUUUCCGCUACGAUUGUACUAAAAUUUCAACUGUACCUCGUAUUAUAUUGACAAUUUGAUGAAAAAAACCGUUUUCCUCUACGAUUGUACUAAAAUUUCGACUGUACCUCGUAUUAUACUGACAAUUUGAUAAAAAAAAACGUUUUCCUCUACGAUUUGAAUAAAAUUUCAACUGUACCUCGUAUUAUACUGACAAUUUGAUAAAAAAAACCGUUUUUCGCCACGAUUGUACUAAAAUUUCGACUAUACCUCGUAUUAUAUUGACAAUUUGAUAAAAAAACGUUUUCCUCUACGAUUGUACUAAGAUUUCGACUGUACCUCGUAUUACAUUGACAAUUUGAUAAAAAAACGUUUUCCUCUACGAUUGUACUAAAAUUUCGACUGUACCUCGUAUUAUACUGACAAUUUGAUAAAAAAAAAACGUUUUCCUCUACGAUUUGAAUAAAAUUUCGACUGUACCUCGUAUUAUACUGACAAUUUGAUAAAAAAAAAACGUUUUCCUCUACGAUUUGAAUAAAAUUUCGACUGUACCUCGUAUUAUACUGACAAUUUGAUAAAAAAAACCGUUUUCCGCUAUGAUUGUACUAAAAUUUCAACUGUACCUCGUAUUAUAUUGACAAUUUGAUGAAAAAAAACCGUUUUCCUCUACGAUUGUACUAAAAUUUCGACUGUACCUCGUAUUAUACUGACAAUUUGAUAAAAAAAAAACGUUUUCCUCUACGAUUUGAAUAAAAUUUCAACUGUACCUCGUAUUAUACUGACAAUUUGAUAAAAAAAAACCGUUUUUCGCCACGAUUGUACUAAAAUUUCGACUAUACCUCGUAUUAUAUUGACAAUUUGAUAAAAAAACGUUUUCCUCUACGAUUGUACUAAGAUUUCGACUGUACCUCGUAUUAUAUUGACAAUUUGAUAAAAAAAACGUUUUCCUCUACGAUUGUACUAAGAUUUCGACUGUACCUCGUAUUACAUUGACAAUUUGAUAAAAAAACGUUUUCCUCUACGAUUGUACUAAAAUUUCGACUGUACCUCGUAUUAUACUGACAAUUUGAUAAAAAAAAAACGUUUUCCUCUACGAUUUGAAUAAAAUUUCGACUGUACCUCGUAUUAUACUGACAAUUUGAUAAAAAAAAAACGUUUUCCUCUACGAUUUGAAUAAAAUUUCGACUGUACCUCGUAUUAUACUGACAAUUUGAUAAAAAAAAACCGUUUUCCGCUACGAUUGUACUAAAAUUUCAACUGUACCUCGUAUUAUAUUGACAAUUUGAUGAAAAAAACCGUUUUCCUCUACGAUUGUACUAAAAUUUCGACUGUACCUCGUAUUAUAUUGACAAUUUGAUAAAAAACGUUUUCCUCUACGAUUGUACUAAAAUUUCGACUGUACCUCGUAUUAUAUUGACAAUUUGAUAAAAAAACGUUUUCCUCUACGAUUGUACUAAGAUUUCGACUGUACCUCGUAUUAUAUUGACAAUUUGAUAAAAAAAAACGUUUUCCUCUACGAUUGUACUAAGAUUUCGACUGUACCUCGUAUUACAUUGACAAUUUGAUAAAAAAAACGUUUUCCUCUACGAUUGUACUAAGAUUUCGACUGUACCUCGUAUUAUAUUGACAAUUUGAUAAAAAAAAAACGUUUUCCUCUACGAUUUGAAUAAAAUUUCGACUGUACCUCGUAUUAUACUGACAAUUUGAUAAAAAAAAACCGUUUUCCGCUACGAUUGUACUAAGAUUUCGACUGUACCUCGUAUUAUAUUGACAAUUUGAUAAAAAAACGUUUUCCUCUACGAUUGUACUAAAAUUUCGACUGUACCUCGUAUUAUAUUGACAAUUUGAUAAAAAACGUUUUCCUCUACGAUUGUACUAAAAUUUCGACUGUACCUCGUAUUAUAUUGACAAUUUGAUGAAAAAAACCGUUUUCCGCUACGAUAGUACUAAAAUUUCAACUGUACCUCGUAUUAUAUAUAAAAUAGCAGUUUCCUAAUAGGAUCGUCAGAAAAUUUCAAUUGUAAUCUGUAAUCGAGAAUUUGUCAAAACUUAUGGUCUACACUGUAUUAUAUUAAUUUUUGAUUUAAUUUUG